AAACGCCACGCACGCCAGUCGCUCUCGCCUCAGUCCUCGAAUCGAGUCAUGUGUCCAGAAAAGCUGGCGGCACGAAGCAGACGAGGAACCGACGGGAAAUGAAAAGCAGAGCCCAUCAGAGAAAUAAUACGGGAUCCAAAGAGAAGAGGACGACACGGAGGCCGUAACCUCUCGACGCUGCGAGAAUCACUGAGCAACUCGAUCCGCUGCAGCAAACACCAUGGACGCAGACAUAGACGAUGGCUUUAAUCACACGUUAGGCUCCUCACAGCAUCAGGACACGGAGCUGUUCUCGUCUGAGGAGGACAGCAGCCUCUACUUCACCUACAGCGGAGGGUGCAACGAGCUGGAGGUCAACGACCUGCUGUACCAGGUGGACACGGCGGCCCAGAUCCCCUGGUACGAGAGGCUGUCCGAGUUCAAGCUGCCCUGGGAGAUCAAAGGGAACAAGCAGAUGGCCAUCAACAAGCUCAGCCUCCGCGUGCGAAGCGGGCAGAUGCUGGCCGUCAUCGGCAGCUCAGGAUGCGGCAAAACCUCCCUGCUGGACAUAAUCACGUGUCGGGACGAGGGCGGCAAAAUGGAGUCGGGCCGGGUUCUGAUCAACGGGAAGCCCAACACGCCGCAGCUGGUGAAGAAGAGCAUCGCCCACGUGCGCCAGGACGACCGCCUCCUCCCCCACCUCACCGUGCGCGAGACGCUGGUCUUCGUCGCCAAGCUGCGGCUCCCGGCCCGCUUCACGCAGGCCCAGCGGGACCAGAGGGUGGACGACGUCAUCGCCGAGCUGCGGCUGCGGCAGUGCGCUCACACGCGGGUGGGCAACGACUACGUGAGAGGAGUCUCCGGGGGAGAGCGGAGGAGGGUCAGCAUCGCUGUCCAGCUCCUGUGGAACCCUGGUAUUUUGAUCCUGGACGAGCCCACGUCCGGUCUGGACAGCUUCACGGCCCACAACCUGGUGCUGACUCUGUCCCGUCUGGCCCGGGGGAACCGCCUGGUCCUGCUGUCGGUCCAUCAGCCCCGGUCGGACAUCUUCCAGCUCUUCGACCUCGUGGUGCUGCUGUCGUCGGGGUCCGCCGUGUACUGCGGCGCCGCCCGUGAGAUGGUGCCUUACUUCACGGGCCUGGGGUACCCGUGCCCGCGGUACUGCAACCCCUCCGACUUCUACGUCGACCUCAUCAGCGUGGACCGGCGCAGUCCAGAGCGCGAGGCCGAGUGUCUGGAGCGGGCCAGGGUUCUGUCCGAGCGCUUCAUGGAGAAGGUCCGAGACACCGGGGAUCACAUGUGGAAGCCCGCCGGCACCAGCACCGCACCGACCCAGACCCAGACCGGGAGCGCCGCGGAACCGGGCCGGACCAGAACGGAGGACGUGAUCACCGUCGCCCGGCAGCGCGAGCGGCCGCCCGGCCGACUGCACCAGUUCACCAUCCUCAUCAGGCGCCACAUGUACAACGACUACCGGGACCUGGUGACGCUGCUGGUGCACGGCUUCGAGGCCCUGCUCAUGUCCAUGCUGGUGGGCUCGCUCUACUUUGGCGCCGGAGGAACGCCGCUGUCCGUCCAGGACACGGUGGCGCUGCUCUACAUGAUCGGGGCCCUCACCCCGUUCGCUGUGGUGCUGGACGUCAUAGCUAAAUGUCACACAGAGAGAGCCAUGCUGUACCACGAGCUGGAGGACGGCAUGUACUCCGUCACCUCCUACUUCUUCGCCAAGGUGCUGGGGGAGCUGCCGGAGCACUGCGUGUUCACCCUGGUGUACGGCCUGCCCAUCUACUGGCUGGCCGGCCUCAACGAGGCGCCGGACCGCUUCCUGCUCAACUUCCUGAUGGUGUGGCUGAUGGUUUACUGCAGCCGCGCCAUGGCCCUGUUCGUGGCCGCCGCGCUGCCCACCCUGCAGACCUCGGCCUUCAUGGGCAACUCCCUGUUCACCGUCUUCUAUCUAACCGGGGGCUUCGUCAUCAACCUGGACAACAUGUGGCUCGUGGCCACGUGGCUCUCGUACGCGUCCUUCAUGCGCUGGGGGUUUGAGGGGAUGCUCCAGGUGCAGUUCAGAGGGAAGGAGUACCCCAUAAGCAUCGGAAACAUCACCAUCAACGUCGAUGGGAUACACGUGGUGGAGGCCAUGAACAUGAACCAGUACCCUCUGUACUCGUGCUACCUGGUCCUGCUGGCGGUGUGUCUGGCCUUCAUGAUACUCUAUUACUUGUGCCUAAAGUUUAUCAAACAGAAGUCCAGUCAGGACUGGUAAACGGACCAGGACCAAGUCACCAACCGAACCAAAUGCAAUUUGGGUUCUAGUGCGACUGGUUCGACGCUAGACAUUUGCUCAUUACAAAAGCCUAUUUUAAAGGAUAAAGGUCUUAAUUAAUUGGCAGUAUUGUGGGAUCUGUGUGCAGUUCCACUGUGCGCCGCUGGGUGGCAGCAGAGCACUGCAGCAGCAUCAGAGAUAAAUCCGUUUUUCCUCCGGCUUCCUCCACUUUGGCAGAUAUCCAUCUACAGCUUUUGCUUGUUCUAUUUUUCAAUCUUCUUUUCCCCACAGCUUUGCGUUUUUGUAUAUGUAAGGUCAUUAAGCUUAACAAUGUGUGUGCCAGUAUAGGGAGCAUUGACAAAAAAAACCUUGUGGAGAUUUAGUAAGACACACUCAAAAACAGAACGAAAGAACAGAAAGAGUUUUAACUUGUGUCUCAGAUUAUGUAAAAUGGGUUUUUGCACUGGUGCAGAGGCCUAAUGAAUAGAGGUAUUAAAUCAAAUCACUCCAUCCAAGUGUUUUUGUCUUCAUUCGUCACUUGUAGUUGUGAAUUCUCACAACACUAAAGGUUGUUAGAAAUGUUAUUAAUUAUUCCUAAUAUUCUGUUCACACUAUAUUCUUACUUGCUAUACUGAUUCUAUAAAAUACAAUCUGACUGCUUCAUUUAAGAGCAUUAAGAUAAUCACACGGGUUAAAGCUUCUGUAAUUGUGCCAAAUGAAAAGCCGAGCUGUUCACAGCGCUGCUGCUGCUUCACACAGACCACGCUACA